CCAGUCGGGUGUGCGUUUCGUGCGACGGUGUAGUGAUGUAAACAAAAAUAAUUUACAAUAAUAUGUGAUUACUGUUAAUUUUUGACAGGGUGAUACAAAGGAUAUGUUAUAAAAGUGUAUUUGGAGCUUUUAAAAGGAGUAGUUUGAGAGAUUCGUGUGAAACGGUACAACGAUGGCCGGUCUUUUGUUCGUCCACAUACUGCUAGCAGCCGCCGCCCCGGCUUUGGCAGACAUCGCGAUGAAGUUCACACGGUCUCCUGAAUCCAUCACUGCGCCACCCGGAGACAACGUUACCUUCGUCUGCAAGGUGAACGUCCCCGGGGAGAGAUUAUUCUGGCGUUGGCGGCCUGCAGAUGGGCCUGACCAGUGGACUGAACUAAAAGGAGCUACUGAUAAAGACUUCACCUCUACGAGACUGGAUAUUGAAGUUGGACCAGAGAUUACAACUAAGUUUUAUCAGUGUGUGGUAUCAUACGCGGCCAUCAGUCUGGUGUCGGUGCCAGCGAGACUGUCAGUGGCCAGGUUGAGCACCAGAGGUCAUCACAAGAGGCUGGUCUCCGUGCCUCCCCACAACACCGUCGCUCUGCACUGCAGGACACCGGAGUCGGAGCCAGCGGCCGUGGUGCAGUGGUGGAGGGAGACUAAGCACUCGAAGACUCCUGUUAACACCAAACACGGGGUGCUGGUCAUACACAAUGUCACGUCAGAACAUAGUGGCACAUACGUCUGUUCAGCACGAAACGAACUGAUUAAGGAAGAAGAGGUUACGCCCCAAGAGAUAGAGAAGAUAAUCUUGAAGGUUGAACGAGGAGAAGAUGGGAAAGCCAGGUUUUUAGAAAAAGAAGACGAAGUUGGCGUCAAGAACAACCACGAGCUUACGUUGCCGGUCAAAUUGAACAGCUCCGUUUCUCUCUGGUGCGGCAUCGUGGGUUCUCCUCCGCCCAGGGUCACUUGGAGUCGAGGCAAGAGCGGGCUGAACCACCGCCACGAUCACGAGCUGACGAUCGCCUCGUUUUCUACUGAGGAUGAGGACGUGUAUACGUGCUCAGCUAACAAGAUCCGUCGUUCCUGGAGGUUGGUAGCCCUGCUCGCGCCCCGCUGGAACGGCACUGCUGCCAACGUAAACGCGAGCGAGGGAGGCUCCGCCGUGGUGCACUGUGGAGCCCUGCAGGGGUACCCCCCACCAAAUGUAAACUGGCUGUUGAACGCUGAGAAGAUUGGCGGGAAAGGAAUCCGUGCUAAUGACACCAGCCUCUUCAUAGAGCGCGUGGAGAAGAAACACGCCGGUAUAGUGCAGUGCAUGGCUUGCAAUGAUCUUGGCUGCGCGUACGACGCCGCGCUGUUGAGUGUCGUGCCCGUUGAAAUAUCUAAUCAGGAAUAUACAGCAGAUUCAUCCAAGACAAUGCACGGUUCACAACCUUCUAAGAAGCACAAGAAGCGUAAACAACUGGUGCCGCCUUCUCGACCAAACGUGACCCGUUUCUCCGACGAGAGCGUUAUGCUGACCUGGACUCACGCCAACCGCGGGCUACCCGUCGACUUCUUUAAGAUACAAUACAGAGCGGUGGACUCGAAAAACAACUCAGAUAAGGGGGAGUGGCAGACAGAUUCCUUCAUGAUCCAGCCGGUCACCCACACUCACCAGAUUGAUGGGUUGACUCCCAACACUUAUUACAAGUUCCGCGUAGCUGCCGUGUACUCGAACAAGGACAACAAGCAAGGCCCGAGCAGCCCGCCAUUUUUCCUCAAGAGGGGCGGCUUCCAAGCGCCGGCGGCACCCACGUUGGUGUCCGUCAAGCCGUUGUCUUCAAACAGUGUGCAGCUAAACUGGACUUGGUAUAGCGACGAAGGAGGCAUACAGCCCGAAGGUUUCUACGUGUACUAUAGACCUGUGUCCACUGCUGGGCAGUAUGAGAAAGUGAUGGUACCCAACGGUGCAGCGGCUAGAUCGGCGGUCGUGUCUUACCUCCAGUCGGGUACAAAGUACGAGUUCAAGAUGCUGGCGUACACAGCGCAGGCGCCGUCCAACUUUAGUACUAUCAAGGAGGCGAAGACCUUCCGCGAGAGUGUAACAGACGAGGCGCCCCGGGAGCGGACACCACCAGAACAAGAGCCAGAUUCAGCGCCGCGGACCCUCAUCACUGCCGGCGGGGCGGUCGGCGCUACUGCUUUGCUGGUCGUGCUAGCUGUGGCCCUCGUGCUGUGCCGCCGGGCCAAACGACCUGCCAACAAAGAAAAAUCAGUUCCUGAAAGCGGUGGGAACAACGGCUAUAUACCGGCUAAAGUACCAAUCACCAUCACUGCGAAUCCGAUGCAUGCAGAGGGUGGAGAUGGAGGCGUUGAAAUGUCCUUUAUUCACAACAAUAACACUGGCAAUGAUGACACAUUGCCACAUUCCAGAAAGAACGGUCCAGCGCAGCGGCAGUACGUGUGAAUAUGAAUUUAGAACUCAAGUGAUAUAAAAUUGAAAACAAACCAGUGUUGCCAAAUUCAAAUUAAACUACCAUUCAGUAGAAUUGGAAUACGAUUUGGACAAUUGUGAUACUUAACGACUGCCAUAUUGAGCGUGGACUGACAGUACAAAAUUAUAAUGUAAUUAAAAUAAUAAUUUAUAUGUCUAGUGUAAUUGUGUAUCAAAUUGGUUGAGAUGGAACGAAGAAGGUAUCAUCACAUACGUAUUACUUAUGUAAAAGAUUUAGUUAUUAAGACUUAAGAAACAUACAUUUUGUACAAAACACUUGAAUUUGAAAUUAAAAUAGAUCUGAAAUUUAUAAUUGUAUACGUAUAAGUUUACUUGAAUGUAUUAUGACUAUGCAUUUAAACAUAUUUUAUAUAAAAUGGAUGCACUACAGAAAGAAUGUCUCGGCCCUAGAUUCAGGGUUUAAAACGAAUUUUUAACAUUCACACACCUAUAGCCUAAUAAUAAUUCGCAAAUGUAACAGGUAUAUAAUUCUAUGUGCUUCUGUCAAUCAUGUUUGAAAGUUAUUUCAAUCGAAGAGAUUUCCAUUUUAUCUAGUAACCUAGUUCUAGGUUAAUAACCUACUUCUUUUGUUCUGUGUGUAUGGCAUUGUACUUACUUUCAAAUUGUUGAGUUUGUUAUUGGUUUUAAAAAUUAUUUAUGGGAGGCUGUCUAAGAGGUUUUUAUUUCUAAGGUUGUGAAUUACAUUUGUACCCUCAUACUUUUAGAAACAUAAAGUAAAAGAAUUUACUACUUUAUAAGACAAAAGUCAUGUUCAAAUGUUUUAACUGCAAGAGAAAAUAAUUUUAAGCAUCUAUAAAAAAAGCCACACGGUUUUUAGUAGUUGUCUGUUAUAGUUAGUUGUUGGCGACACACAGCCACACUACAAAAUCUUUUCGCGCUUUUUGCGAAGAUGAAUAGUAGCAAUUUAUUACAAAAUACGUCUUUCAACAUGUCAAUUAGUUAUCGCCGAUGUAGGUAACUCCAGAAAUAGUAGGAUGUUUUUAUCUUUGCCUACCUAAUCUUUUUAUUUUCAAGAAAAAUAUUGGUAUGGACUGUCUGUUUUACUUUUUCGUGGGAAUCCGAACGUCUUUUUUUGGUAGUAAUAUUAUUUCUUUUAAAAAAAUUCAUGCUAAUGCGACUAUGCGGCUUUUAAUAAGAUAAUGAAUACAUUCUGGUCUGAAGGACGUCCUGGUAAGGGGUCAGGUCAAGAGUACCCGAAACCGAAUGAAGCGAAGGAAGAAUGCAGAGAUCGUGGCAAGUGGAAAGAGGUAAUCUCUGCCUACCCCUCCAGGAAAAAGGCGAGAUUUUAUGUAUGUAUGUAUGAAUACAUCAUUUAUUGUUCGUAAAUUUACAAUAAAGGAUUGAUCCACAACAGUAACUCUUUAUCAUGCUGUUGUUGUUAUUCGAACCAAAUGAACGACUGACACGAUUUCUUAUUAAGAACAUUGAAAUGACCGAAGAUGCUGUUAAUAAAGAACGGCCUGCCCGCGAAGCAUGGCAAGCGCGACGCCGUGUUUAUCGCGCGAAACGCUAUCGCUUUCCUGUAUCACGUCAUAAUAAAAAAACGAAAUAAGGCGACUAAGGGAUAGGCUUAUAAACUUGGGAUUACUUUUUUAAGCGAUGGGCUAGCAACCUGUCUCUAUUUGAAUCUCAAUUCUAUCGUUAAGCCAAAUAGCUGAACGUGGCCAUUCAGUCUCUGUCUACCCCGCAAGGGAUAUAGAAGUGACCAUAUGUAUGUAUGUAUAUAAAACGAAACAGCGAUAGCCUUUCGCAAGAUAAACACGGCGCUGCGCGUGCUACGGUAGCUGGUAAAAGAAAUAAAAAAAGGCUUUGCGCUCUGUAUUUCUUAGACUCUAAAUAAAGGCGUAGGUACAAAUACAAUGCUUCUGUAACUCGCUUGUAAGACUGAUUUUUUGAUACGUUUUCACUAAGGAUAAGCGUUUGAGAAGUAGAUCUUAAAAUGUAAUAGACUGAUGAUGAGUUUAUUAAUGAAAGUAUUUUUUAAUUAUAAAAACGUAACAUGACAUAACUCAAUAUUACUAUACCUACUUACUACAAUGUAUUUGCACUAUUUUGGCGUGUCCAGACAUGUUUCCGCACGUGCAGCUUUAUAAUAUAAUAUAUAUGUAUGUAUAUAUAUAUAAUAUACAUAUAUAUUAUAUUAAUUAAUAUUUAUAUAUUAAGGCGGUCUGUACGCCGGCGGCAAACCCGGCGGCAUGUGAGGAUGCGCCAUUAUGUAUACUAAGAAAUUAUAUAUAAAGAAUUGAAUUUACCAGAAAUUUCGUGACUAUUUUAGCAGAACAAA